GAGAAGACAUUAGGCCGACGAUCAUCUCCGCGAGCUCAACGCAGUAACAUCUGCGGUAGAUUUUAAACCUGCCGAUUCACUUUAAUCACGUCUGAGCCUCGUGCUUUUUCAGCGUAGCAGCACCCCCGUACAAACGCGUGCCAUUGUGAGUUUUUGUUUCACCAAGAUUGCCGUGCACGGCAACGUGUUCUCCUUUUUCCACGACCGUUCAAAGCCGGUGAACCCAGAACUCGCAAGGGCUAGGACCUCUGGCGCUUAACAAUGGGACGACUGCGUGUAGGAAUCCAUUGACGCCAGCAGGCCAGUAAACAAGCACUGCAAGUCCGGACAAGUCAGAGCUGAAAUUUAAAACCAGGCUAUCAGUGGUAGGCGUGAGGGGGGUCCAUUGAACCGUGCUGUGACAUCUAGGACAGAGGAAACACUGUUUGUUUAUGGUGAUAGAGCACAUUGAUAAGGGCCCCCACGCAGCAGAGUAGAGUAUUCACUGCAUCUCCACUGGUGCCAAGACUACAGGAGCUCACACAGUGGGGAAAACAGGACGGCAGGAGAACGGGCUCACUGGCGUUGCGGAGAAAAGCCUAGGAGAUCAGAUCAGCACCUUUUCAGACCCUCUUUUUUUUUUUGAACCACUGCACUACCACCUCCCCCUGAUAGAAGAUCUAAGCUCGCAAUCAAAGGGCCUUAAGAUGGUGUCCCGGGAGCCGAAGGGCGCCGAAGGGAAGCUCCUGACGUCCGACGCUCACUCCCUGAGGAUUCUGGAAGGAGCCCGCAGCCUGAGGGACCAGGGAGCCCUGUGCGACGUCACGCUAGAGGCAGAGGGCGUCCGUUUCCCGGUGCACAGAGUCAUCCUGGCGUCGGCGAGCAGCUACUGCCGGGUCCUCUUCGCGGCCGCGGCCGAGGGGCCGAGCGUGGUGCCGCUGGGGGACGUGAGCGCCCGGGGGCUGGGGCGGGUGCUGGACUUCGUCUACGCCGGCCGGCUGGAGCUCGUCCUGGCGACCCUGGAGGAGACGCUGAAGGCCGCCGAGGCCCUGCUGGUCCGCGACGCCGUCAAGCUCUGCUUCGGGUUCCUGGAUGAGGCGCUGGGCCCGGACAACUGCGCGGAGAUCCUCGGCAUCACCCGCAGGUGCGGGCCCGAGGAGCUCCGGCGGAAGGCGGCGCGGCACGUGGGGGCCCGGCACCGGGCCCUGCUGCGCGACCGCGAGGAGCUGGUGGCGCUCGACGAGGAGGUCCUGAGGGGGAUCCUGGAGCGCAGCGACCUGGGCCGGUACAGCGAAGCGGAGCUGCUCCGGUGCGUGCUGCAGUGGCUGCAGCACAGCCCCGCCAGGGCGCGGCACUCCCGGGACCUGCUGCGGAGGAUCCGCUUCCCCCUCGUUCCCGCCGGACACCUGCAGGAGCUCCUGCGGGAGAGCCCCCUGCUGAAGACGGACUCGCACUGCUUCGGUCUCCUGCAGGAGGCGCUGGCGUAUCACGCCCAGCCCUACGCCCAGCCCGCCCUGCAGGGCCCCAGCACGCAGGUCCGCUGCGGCUCGGACGGCCUGGUGGUGGUGGGGGGCAGGACCGCCGACAACAAGGUGUGCAAGGAGGUCUGGGUGUCGGACGAGAGGUGCGCCACCUGGAGGAGACUGGGUGAGCUGUGCAGCCCCCUCUACAACCACUGUGCUGCGGUGCUGGGCGGCUUCCUCUUUGUCCUCGGAGGCCAGCACAAGUUCGAUCCGGCAGGGAAUCAGCCAACGAACGAGGUGUUCAGGUAUGACCCUCGCGACGGCACCUGGCUGCAGGUGGCCGGAAUGCUGGAGAAGAGGACCCGCUUCCACGCCGCCGCGCUGGCGGGUCAGCUGAUGGCCGUGGCGGGCGGCACCCUGCGGGGGCGGCUGACGGCCGGCGCGGAGCAGUACCGGCCGGCGGAGAACAGGUGGGAGCCGGCCGCACCGCUGCCCGUCGCCGUGGCCGACCACGCCGGGGCCACGCUCCAGGGGAUCCUCUACAUCGCAGGCGGGUUCUCCGCCGGGAAGACGCUCCGCGACCUCUACAGCUACCUCCCCCGCCUCCAGCACUGGGUCCCCAACCGGCCCAUGGCCUUCCCCCGCUGCGACCACGCCAUGGCGCCGGCCGGCGACAGGAUAUUCUGCGUCGGGGGCCGGGCCUUAAACCCGGCGCAGGAGUGGGUGCACGUGAACGAGAUGGAGUGCUACAGCCCCGCGGCGGACCAGUGGACGGCGGUGAAGGUGUCCGCGCCGGAGCGCUGCCAGUUCAGCCUGAGCGCCCGCGGCUCGCGGCUCUGCGUGGCGGGCGGGGGGUCGCUGCGCAGCCUGAGCAAGACGGGGGACGUCUCCCUCUACGACUGCCAGGCCGGGAGGUGGGAGAGGGCCGGGGCGCUGCCCCUGCCGCUGGUGGACCACACGGCCAGCCUGCUCACGCUGCCUGGGGAGGUCCUGGCGGGCCUGGCGCCGGAGGAGAGGCCCAGAAGUCCACUCCCCGCCUCUUCGUGAUGGAGUGAAGGCCGGGUGGACCGGGGCCGGACUAGGGAGAGCCCAGCUGUUGGCAGCCGUUUCCCC